AUGGCACAAGAAGCAUACGCCGCCCAGCUUCGUUCCGCGGUAACUGCCUUGCGCGCUCCCGACAUCUUGCGAGGCCAAGCAGCCGAUGCUGCGGUAGCUGCAGCCGGGAGGGGGAACCAAGAUGGUGGUUCACAGCACAGCGAACGUACACCGGAGGCGUAUGCCUUGGCAUUGGUCGUGUUGCUGUAG